AUGUAAUAAUAUUUUAUUGAUAAAGACAAAUCAAUUUGGAUUUUACUUGCAUAACAUGUUAAGGAUCAAUAAGCAUUUAAUAAGGAAAUAGGGUUGAAUGAGAAUUGCAUAUAUGCUUUAGUUAAUCCAGAAUAUCUUGUUUCAUUGUAGGCAUGUCUGAUUGCGAUCUAUAGAAUGCUUAAGAAAAAGGAAUAUAAUGUUUCAUCGUAAUUCCAAAGAGAUUUGCAUUAUUUGUUAACACCAGAAUGUUAAAGAAAUGAUAUUAGAUUUGGGAUUACAAAUAUUUUGACUUAAAAGAUGUUGUGCAUAUUUCUGACACCAGUAAGUGAAGAACAAUUAAACAGUUUUGAGUUGGACGAGUUGACCAACUUAUACCAAUAUUGCAAUAUUCCUCAGAUGAUCAAGUAUUAUAAAAUAAGCGACGAAGAAUUGAAAGUGGAUAAGGAUGUGAGAGGAGCUGUUUAUAAUUCCAUUGCACUUAAAAAGUUUAAGUGA